UGCAGUCGUCACCUGUGCCUGUGGACGAUCCUCCCGAGGUUCUGGUGAGCAAAAGUGCAGACGACCCGGCUCCUGCAGAUCCUUCCAAGCGGAGAAGAGUCCGGAGAGCUGGUGUGGGGCCACCAACAAGGUUCAGGUGUCUGCCGCUGCUCCAUCCUUGAUGCGUGGAGUCUUUGGGAGUGGAAUCAGCUGUUCUGCCCAUCUCAGAGGAGGGUCUCUGUGAAGAUUGGACUCUGAAAGCAGACUCCUUCAGGGAGAAUAUUCUGGAACGUGGGAAAUGGCCCCAGGGCUCCUGACAACCAGAGACAAGGCAUUAAUGGCCUUCCAUGACGUGGCUGUGGCCUUCAGCCAGAUGGAGUGGGAGCUGCUGAGUCCGGCUCAGAGGAUCCUGUACAGGGAAGUGAUGCUGGAGAACUAUAGCCAUCUGGUCUCCCUGGGAAUUGCAUUUUCCAAACCAAAACUCAUCACACAGCUGGAACAAGGGGCGGAGCCCUGGAGAGAUGGCAGCGGAUGCUUUCUGGACCUUUGUCCUGCAGAACCCAGGACAGAAUUAGAGCCGUGUCUCUCCUGCCCGACAUCCCUUGCUAGUCCGGAAGUCCUCAGAGUAUGUGUGCUGAACGGACCUCCCUCUCAGACUUUCCCAAGCCCACCAGCAGGGAGCGACUUCCAGUCAGACGCUCCAGGCUGCUCUAGCAAAGAAGGAGGUGAAGAGAGAGACUGCGGCGACGCCCUGUCGCAGGGGAUGAUUCUGGAGACAUUCUUUAGCCCGUGCCAAGGUCAGGCAGCGUACUGGGUGGAAGGCGACAGCAGACAGGCCGGCCUGGGCCUGGCCCCCGAGGAGGCAGUCACUGUGCUGAAGGGCCCCGAGGAGGAGGAGUCAGCGGCGGCGUCCGGAGCUGUCACACACGUCACACACGGUGCAGUGACGUCCGGAGCUGUCACACACGGAGCCGUCACACAUGGAGUCGUCACACAUGGAGCAGUGACGUCAGGAGGCGUCACACACGGAGCAGCGGCGUCCGGAGCCGGCACACACCUCACACAUGGUGCAGCAACGAUGUCUGGAGCCGACACACACGGAGCAGUGACGUCCGGAGACGUCACACAGGGAGCAGUGACAUCCGGAGACGUCACACAGGGAGCCUUUCCGCUGGGGCUCGAUGACGUCACAGACCUGUUCGGCGCCCCGAAGCCUCCCGCGUCUCCCGACUGCGGCGGAGCCGGCUUUUGCCAGAGUUCAGACCUUACGAAGCUCCAGAGAAUGGACGGAGGGGAGAAGCCGUACUCGUGCUCCGAGUGCGGGCACCAGUUCACUCAGAAGGCCUCCCUCACCGUGCACCAGAGGAAGCACUCGGGGGAGAAGCCGCACGUGUGCGAGGAGUGCGGGCGCGGCUUCAUGUACGUGUCGUCGCUCAACAACCACAAGAAGAUCAUUCACUCCGGGGAGAGCCCGCUCGCCUGUCCCGAGUGCGGACGCGGCUUCCGCCAGAAGAUCGACCUCCUCCUCCACCAGCGCACUCACCUGGACAAGAAGCCCUUCGUGUGUCCCGAGUGUGGCCGCGGCUUCUGCCGGAAGGCGUCGCUCCUGCAGCACCGCUGGUCACACUCGGGCGACAACCCCUUCAUCUGCUCCGUGUGUGGCCGCGGCUUCAGGCUGCUCUCCCGCCUCCUCACCCAUCAGCUCACACACUCCGGGGAGAAACCGCACGUCUGCCCGGAGUGCGGGCAGCGCUUUGGCCAGAAGGGUACGCUCAUGAGACACCUGAAGACACACACCGGGGAGAAGCCUUUCGUGUGUCGCCAGUGUGGCUGGAGUUUCACCCAGAAGGUCAACCUCAUCAGGCACCAGAGGAUUCACACGGAGGUGAAACCUUUCCUGUGCCCCGAGUGUGGGCGAGCCUUUGAGUUUAAGUCGCUCCUCACCAGACACCGAAAGACGCACAUGGGGGACAAGCCCUAUGUGUGCCCGCAGUGUGGUAAGGGAUUCAGCCAGAAGUUCAACCUCAUCGGGCACCAGAGGAUUCACGCAGGGGAGUUGCCCUUCCUGUGCCCCGAGUGCGGGCGUGCCUUUGUAAAGGAGUCCAUGCUCAUCAGACACCAGAGGACCCACGCGAGGUGGGAGAAGCCCUACCAGUGCCCCGAGUGCGGGCGAAGCUUUGAGUUUAAGUCGCUCCUUACAAGACACCAGAAGAUCCACACGGGCGAGAAGCCUUACGUGUGUCCUCAGUGUGGCAGAGGGUUCAGCCAGAAGUUCAACCUCAUCGGGCACCAGAAGACUCACACCGGGGAAAAGCCCUACGCGUGUCCCCAGUGUGGCCAGCGCUUCAGGCAGAAGUUCAACCUCGCUAGGCACCAGAGGAUCCACACGGGGGAGAAGCCGUUCCUGUGCGCCGAAUGUGGGCGAGCAUUUGGAAAGAAGGUCUCUCUCAUUAGACACCAAAGGACCCACGGAGACGAGAAGCCUUACCAGUGCCCCGAGUGUGGCCGAGCCUUCGAGUUUAAGUCUCUCUUCAUCAGACACCAGAAGACACACACGGGGGAGAAGCCCUACGUGUGUCCCGAGUGUGGCAAGGCUUUUAGCCAAAAGUUCAACCUCAUCGGGCACCAGAGGAGCCAUACAGGGGAGAAGCCUUACCUGUGCCCCCAGUGUGGGCGUGCCUUUGCUUUUAAGUCACUUCUUACCAGACACCAGAGGACACACUCCAAGUAGAAGCUUUUUGUAAACAGCCUGUGUGGGUAGGGUCUGGAUGGGAUGCCACACCUCACCUCUCACUAGAGGACUCAGUCUAGUCCGUAGAGAAGCCCUUGGUUUGGGCAUGGCUUUGGCUUUAGCUCUGCUCUCAUUAGUCAUCAGCAGACCUACUCCAGCAAGAAGUGGGCUUUGUGGGCGUGGCUUCACAGCUGGAUGCUCUUGGAAAUGGCGCAGGGUUAAGACCUUGCUUGUUCCUGAAAUCAUAUGGUUUACUAUCUUCAGUUAGUCGUAUGUGUUAGUUUUCUAGGGCUUCCUAACAAAAUACCCCAGACUGUAGAGCUCAGGCAAAAGAAAUUUACUUUGCCAUAUAUAUGGAGCCUACAAAUCCUCUGUCAGACUGGCUCAGGUGUUGCUGUGACUAGACCUCCCCCUAGGGGGUGGAUGGCUUCCUGAGGUGCAGUGUACCUACCAGCCCAUCCCUCCUGUAUAUACUUCCUGGUGCCUCUAAUCCUGGAUAGGACCGCAUCCAGAUGACCCUGUUUAACCUUUAUUAGAUGCCAUGACUCCAAGUCACAUCACACUAGAGGUAAGGCAUCGGUCAGUAUUUACAUUAUGGGGAUAGGAUUCCCAGCAUCCUCAGACCUCACAUCCUUAACUCCUUCAGCAUAGGCUCUAAAUUGAAAAUCUCCUGAUACAAAUAUCUAAACCAAGUGUGAGCGAGGAUAUAGUUCCUGUUCACCUGUAAGUCAUGUUUCCAUCUGCAAUCCUGUGAAAUCUGACAUGGGAUUUGCUUCAAAACCCAGUGACUAGACAGAUACAGGUUAGAUAUUCCUAUUCCGAAAGGGAAGCAUCAGAAAGACCUGAGCAGUGAUGGGUCCCAGGCUCCAGCACAAACCUAGCAAGGCAAAUUCUAUGGGACCUUAAGUUUCAAGAAUAUUGACUCAGUGUUCUGUCCCCUGGUCCACAGGACUGGCAGGAAGAAUCGCUCUGGGCCUCAGGCCAGGGGUUGGAACCACAUUUUCCUUUUUUCUCUUUUUCUUUUUUCUUUUCUUUUGUUUUCUCUUUUCCUUUUUUCCCUUUCCCUCCCCUCCCUUCCCCUUCCUUCUUUUUCUUUUCUUUUUCUUUUCUUUUCCUUUUGGCAUUUUGAGACAGGAACUAUGUUACAUAUCCCUGAUUGUCCUGGAAUUCAAUAUGUAGCCCAGGCUGGCCUCAAACUCAGAGAUGCACUUGACUGUCUACUGAGUGCUGGGAAUGAAGGGAUGGGCAGUGCUUCCCUUUUCUUGACGAUGAACACGCACAUCUUAGAGCUCCACGGGUUUUCUCCUUAGAAUCCCCGAAGUCCAAAAGUCUGUCUUCAUUUCACCCCAGUCUUUCUGUUCCCCAGAGCCAGAAGAGAUGGUUAACUCCAGUUCACACUCAUGCUAAUCUCAGUUGAAAAUAGUUUCCAGCCAUCUACCAUUCCCUUCAAACACACAACACUUUUGUGCUUUUUGUUUUUGCUUUUGUUUUUUUUUUUACAAUAUGAAUAAGGGAAGAAUUUUUCAAAGUUUUGCUCAACGAUUCCCUCUGUUUAUCUCUGUCCUCAUGUCCAGAUGCAGCAAGAGCAAAUAAGGGCGCACUUUGAUCAUCUGUGUAGAAAUCUCAUUGGAGUAUUUCGUACUUAUAUUUCUUGAAAUGCCUCCAUUUGGGGGUAUCAAGAUGGCACAGAAUUCUGAGGAUAGAGUUCCAUCCCCAGAAUCCACAUAAGAAACCCAGCUCCACAACACCGUCCUCUGACCCAUACAAGCUGUGGCAUGAGUACCCCCAUUAUACCCCAGACCUGAUCCAUAAUGAUAAACAAUCCUUUCUAUAAAACACUAGAAUUCAGUUCAGUCCCAUUCCUUGGCACUGGAUAGCAAAGAUGCUGUAGCUGGGCUUUUCUACCUUGGGGUUCUUUUUCCUAUCUUUUAUCCCCAGGUUUCACCCCCAUUACUAAAAGAAGGAUGGAAAUGGAGGGGAUACAGAGAUCCUUGAAUCUCAUUCCUAUUUGUUCUUUGCUUAUAGCCGGUCUUUGCUACUUCGUGGGCUCUUUUCCAGAAUUUUAUUCCCAGGUUUCACCUAUCACUAGAUAGAGAAAGAAGGAUGGGGGGGGGGGGGAGAGAGAGAGAGAGAGAGAGAGAGAGAGGAGAGAGAGAGAGAUCUGUCUCUAUAAUUUCUUAUUUCUUUAAGCAAACUACUGCAACCAUUGCCCCUGAAUGACCACCAACCCCACCUAUCAGGACUCUCAUUUAUAUACUCUGAAAACUUCCCUGACUUCCAGACAUCACACAACUGCAGAAACUACCCACCGACGGCAAAGCGACGCUUCUGCUAGGGCAUGAGGCAAAUCAGCUGCUGUGAAGCAAUCAAUCCCACAGCUCACACCUGGGAUUAAAAUGAAAACACAUAUCUCUGUGUUUGUUAAAGACACCAAGAUUCCAGUUUUUAGGUGUACCUAAUUCCUGCCAGAGUCCUCAUCAGACUCACAUGUGCGCUUCAAAUGUGGUCUAGCCUCAAUGUAGUAUACAGCUCCAAGCCACUAACACAUUUUGAAGUUAUGACAACACCUCCUGCUUGGUUCUAAAAUCUUUAUUAGCUAGGAUUGCCAUAGUACUUUGCUGGUUCCUUCUCUCCCCUAUCCCCAUUCUUCCCCACAACCCCGUACCUUCUGACUUUUUUUUUUUUUUUUUUUUUU